CCUCCGAGCAGCAUGUGCGCCGUGGUCCUGGAGAGCCAAGGCCUGGGCAGGAAGCUUUCCGACUUCGGACAGGAAACAAGCUAUAUUGAAGAAAACUCCAAUCAAGAUGGUGCUAUAUCACUGAUCUUCUCCCUCAAAGAAGAAGUUGGUGCUCUGGCCAAAGUCUUGCGCUUAUUUGAGGAAAAUGAUAUAAACCUGACCCACAUUGAAUCAAGACCUUCUCGUUUAAAGAAAGAUGAGUAUGAAUUUUUCACCUACCUGGAUAAACGUAGUGUGCCUGCCCUGGCAAACAUCAUCAAGAUCUUGAGACACGACAUUGGCGCCACCGUCCACGAGCUUUCCCGAGAUAAGAAGAAAGACACAGUGCCCUGGUUCCCACGAGCCAUUCAGGAGCUGGACAGAUUUGCCAACCAGAUUCUCAGCUAUGGAGCCGAGCUGGACACAGAUCACCCCGGUUUUAAAGAUCCUGUGUACCGAGCAAGAAGGAAGCAGUUUGCUGACAUCGCCUACAACUAUCGCCACGGGCAGCCCAUUCCCCGAGUGGAAUACACGGAGGAAGAAAAGAGGACGUGGGGCACGGUAUUCAGGACCCUGAAGUCCUUGUAUAAAACCCACGCUUGCUACGAGCACAAUCACAUUUUUCCACUUCUGGAAAAGUACUGCGGCUUCCAUGAAGAUAACAUUCCCCAACUGGAAGAUGUUUCUCAAUUCCUGCAGAGUUGCACUGGUUUCCGCCUCCGACCUGUGGCUGGCCUGCUUUCCUCUCGGGAUUUCUUGGGUGGCCUGGCCUUCCGAGUCUUCCACUGUACACAGUACAUUAGACACGGAUCCAAGCCCAUGUAUACGCCUGAACCAGACAUCUGCCAUGAACUGUUGGGACAUGUGCCUUUGUUUUCAGAUCGCAGCUUUGCCCAAUUUUCCCAGGAAAUUGGACUUGCCUCUCUGGGUGCGCCAGACGAGUAUGUUGAGAAACUCGCCACAAUCUACUGGUUUACUGUGGAGUUUGGGAUCUGCAAACAAGGAGACUCUAUCAAGGCAUAUGGUGCUGGGCUCCUGUCAUCUUUUGGUGAAUUACAGUACUGUUUAUCGGGCAAGCCAAAACUCCUCCCCCUGGAGCUGGAGAAGACGGCCAUUCAAGAGUACACUGUCACGGAGUUCCAGCCACUGUACUACGUGGCAGAGAGCUUUAAUGAUGCCAAAGAGAAAGUGAGGAACUUUGCUGGCAUGAUCCCUCGGCCAUUCUCAGUUCGUUAUGACCCAUACACCCAAAGAAUUGAAGUAUUGGACAAUACCCAGCAGCUUAAGAUUUUGGCUGACUCUAUCAACAGUGAAAUUGGAAUCCUGUGCAAUGCCCUCCAGAAAAUAAAGUAAAGCCACAGACAGAACUUGAUCUGUCAACUGAGAAUGUGUUGAUGGAACUCCAGCUACUUCUUUCACAUGAAAAAUUCUGAAAAGCAAACCUUAAUUUGAAAUGACAGCUUUAUAUCCUUUUUUAGAACAAGAUGGAGAAUCAACAAGUAAAUCAAAAUAAUAUAAAAUAAUAGUAUAUGGAUACAUCCCCCAAAGUAUCGUGGUAGAUCUUUUGGGGCUGUCUUUGAUUUAGAGGUGAUAAUCUCAUUAUUCUCAAUUGAGUUGAGUCAGUAAUCUGCCACAUUUUAUCAAGGUCAAUUAAAAUUUGGGACCUGCUUCAUUCAAACUUCACAUAUGUUUUUGUUAUCUGCCAUAGAGAAAUUCAUAAAGGAGCGUACAUGGCUAAAUGUAAAACGCAAAACUGUCAUCAGAAUUAAAGUAUUGCAUUUAUUACAAAUCUUAAACUGCAAAGUUCAUUUUCCAUUGGUCUUAACUAUGAUUCCAAUUACUGCUUUGAUAAUGUACCUAUGUAAAUUCAGGAGCCCAUUAAAAUAGUUACAAAUAUUGAAGUUUCAUUUUAUAUAAUGUCAAGCAUUAUAUAAAAAUAUUUUUGUAUGUUUUAUUGUCAUUAUAAAUACUACCAUGUAAGGUAACAAAACUCCCCGCCCUAUCC